ACAUUUCAUCUCCACAGGUCUGUAUUUGCUGAGGUGCAGGAUGUCUGCUCUGAGGCUGAUCUCUAACAGGACCUCCCAGCAGGCCUUGUCCAACUCUGAUUACACCUGGGACUACGAGUACUAUGAGUAUGGACCUGUGUCAUUUGAAGGCCUCAAGGCUCAUAAGUAUUCCAUUGUGAUUGGAUUUUGGGUUGGUCUUGCAGUUUUUGUCAUCUUCAUGUUUUUUGUCCUGACCCUGCUGACGAAGACAGGAGCACCACAUCAAGACAAUGCAGAGCUUUCUGAAAAAAGAUUUCACAUGAAGAGCUUUGUGGCAGAAUUUGGAAGGCCUCUGGAGUCUGAGAGGGUCUUUUCUCACCAAAUGGCUGAAGAAUCCCAGUCACUUUUCCAUUUCUGCAUUAAUGAAGUGGACCAUAUGAACAAAGAAAAAGAGAGCCAGAAAGGUCCAAGUCUGGAGGGUAAUACCCACUUCCAGGAGGUUCCCAAGAGCGGUGCAAUGUUUGAGGAAGACCUACAUUGUCUUACAAAAUUUAACAUUCCUAACUUUGUGAACACUGAGCAGAACUCUUCAUUAGGUGAGGAUGAUCUCCUCAUCUCAGAGCCACCAAUCAUUUUAUAAAGCAAACUGGUUAUGCAAUCUUAACAUUGGAUCCUUGAUUGAAGAAUCCUUUACUUUAAGGUAAACAUCCCCAUUAUUGUCCAGUUUGAAGCCUUUCUUGGCCUCCUGCUCCUUUGACAGAAAGCAUUUCAGACCUGUGCUUUUUAUUGUAUGUAAGAGUGGCUGUACUGAUAGAGCUCACUUUAGAUAAGAAGAAAGACACCAAAUGCUUUAUUCUGAUGCAUUCUGUGGUCUAAAACUUCUGCCCAGUAUUAUUUUUGCUUUUUGAUUUUUGUUUUUUUGUUUCUUGCACUGUUCUUCAUUUUUUAAACAACUACUCAUGACCAGCUUCUGAAGGAUAAUAAUUCACAAGGACUGUGAAGGCUGAGCCUGGCAUUGGGAGGUCUGUGAAAAUUCAUUGGCCAAGAAAAGUGUAAAUCUCCAAGGAGACUGAAGAAAGGAAUAAACAGCCCCUGGGGAUGCUCUGUAGUUUCUGCUGCUCCCAAUAAGGAUGCCUGAAGCUGAGCACCACAAUAAAUCCUGCUUGGGACUAACUUCACUUUCUGAUCCCUAACUGCUUUUUGGUGCAGGUUAAACCCAAUUUUACAAAGCUUCCAGAGGGAAUACCUUGCAAGUGAAAUUGUUUGGUUACAGUGUUUACAAAAUGCUAUCACCACCUGCUGCUGAGUAAAAAAAAAUUGAUGCCUGUAAUUAUAACUCAGAAUGACACCUCAGCAGCUGCCCCUGAUGACAUAAAUUAGUAUUCUACACACAAACUGUGAUUUGACUCCUUUUUUUUUUUUUUUUUUUUUCCUGCUAGUUGCUGAUGUGAAAUUCUAGUUCAGUAAUUACAGGAUUCAGUAGCUAAAUCAUAGGAAAUAAGAAAAAACCUAUUUUUCUUCUGUCAAUAAAGUUACUACAUGCAAAUGGUGGUGGUAUGUUAAGCUGGUGUCAUGUGUUGCUAACAGGCUGAACCUCCCCAUGCUUUUUGCCUUUACAAAAGGUCAUUUCUUUAUUCAUUGGCCACUGAAGUGCUAGCAGGCUUUGAGCUGAGAGGACCAACUCCAAAAGUACAGCUAAACUAUGCCUGCUUCAUCUUCUUUUUGUCCUCAGCUGGGCUAGUGUUGCAACCCCAGCUGUUCUCCAGUGAAAGAUUUGGUAAGGAUUUGAAUAGGUAUAGUUUCAAUCUUUAUUUUUUUAGAGAUGGAAUUAAGUUCUGAACCUUUGAGAGUACUUAAAAUUGUAUUUCAGCUUUCUUCAAAUGACUGAAUGGUUUUAGAGCAAGCAUAUAAGAUGCAGAGGUACCAGGUUCAAACCCUUUGCUGGAUUUCGAGUAUGCUCUGCAGGAAGUCCUUAAAUGAAAAAGAAUGGAUUCCGGACAUGCCUAACUGGAUUUUCUUGAAAUUAACAUGCUUUGUAUCCAACACAUCUGUGUUCCAGAUUAGAGACCUGCUGAUACAUUCUUCAGUCACUAAAAUGCUGAUUAAUUCAUCCCUUCUUCACCUUACAAAUAGGAAAGAGUGAAUGGGUUGAGCAUUUAAAGAAUACAAAUUGGUGUAGGAAGAGUACAAGGAAAUGUUUUUUGUUUUUAUGUCCUAUGCCCUUAUUACACACCACUUACAGCACAAUUUCCUGUUUUCAAAUGUGAUUUUUGCAGGACUUGCUGGUGUUUAAAGCAGCAGGAUUACACUUAAAACAAAGCAGACACUCUUUAAGACUAGCAGGUUAUUGCUGAAAGUAGUUCCCAAAGAGUGAAAUGAGCCCUGCUCUGAAUGAGCACAGCUCCAGUAAAAUGUCUCCAGUGCAGAAAAAGCCUUGUUUCACAGGAAGUACAUA